AUGGCCGACCCCCUCAUCCACCCGGCCCUCCUCCUGCGCGCCUUCUACCUCGCCGCCUCACUUCUUGUUCUCGUCAUACAGGCUGUUCCUGCACUACGCACCCGCUUCCUAGCCUACGGCCCGCGUGCUACCGACCCCGACGUGGCCAAGGAACCGCGAGCACAGCAUCUGCCGUCAGCCGCCAGCCAGGCGCUCGAUUAUGCCGCCUCGCUGCAGGUUCCCCACGCCUUCUUCGCCCACUUCUACAUCACCUCGGUAGCCUGCUCGCUGCUCGCCGCAUGGCAGUUGCGCGUCUGGGACGCCACCACCCAGCAGCAGAUUGUAUGGGGGCUCUUGCUGCUGCAGGGCCUGCGCCGCAUGCUGGAAUCCUACUGUUACGCUUCGCCCAGCAAGAGCACAAUGUUCUUUGCCCAUUGGCUCCUUGGUCUGCUCUUCUACAUGACCAUCAACAUGGCCGUCUGGGUCGAGACGCCAGGCCGCACAUUCGGGAACGCCGCGCUUGUGCCGGCAGUCAUCACGGCCCAGAUGCUGCAGCACUCGUAUCAUGCUUACCUCUACCGCCUGCGGACCGAGACUAAAGGCUACCAGCUCCCGUCUCAUCCCAUGUUCCCCAAUCUGCUCUGUCCACACUAUACUUGCGAAGUAGUCAUCUACGCGCUCUUGGCCCUUAUAGCAGCCCCAGAGGGCAGCAUGCUGAACUGGACACUGGUCUGUGCCGCUGUGUUCGUCGCCACGAAUCUCGGUGUCACGGCGGUAGGUACCAAGGAAUGGUACACGGCCAAGUUUGGUGCCGACAAGGUAGGUUCGCGGAAGAGAAUGGUGCCUGGGAUAUGGUAACGCUCUUGGCUGCAGGCGAAGCCGUUGCUGUAGCUUCUCCUAGAGUUUGUUCAUGAAACUCGUUGCCCAUAUAUCCAAUGCAAAAUC